GACGACGAUGUGCCACCUAUGCUGGUCACUGCCGAUGGCGCGGAUGCUGUCGAAGCCGGGCUGAGCUCUGAGAUGCAGGAUGUAAAACUAUCUCGAGUCCCCAUCACUAUUAUUACAGGAUAUCUUGGAGCUGGAAAGACCACCUUGUUGAACUACAUCCUCACAGCACGCCACGGCAAGAAGAUUGCUGUCAUAUUAAAUGAAUUUGGCAACAGCACCGACAUCGAAAAAUCCCUUACCAUAAACCAAGGCGAUCAACAAGCCGAAGAAUGGCUCGACCUCGCGAACGGCUGCAUCUGCUGCUCAGUCAAGGACUCUGGCGUGAACGCGAUCGAAUCACUUAUGGAACGCAGAGGUGCUUUCGAUUACAUUCUGCUCGAAACUACAGGCCUAGCUGACCCAGGCAAUAUCGCUCCACUAUUUUGGGUUGACGAAGGCCUCGGAAGCACGAUCUAUCUGGACGGCAUCGUAACACUCGUCGACGGCAAAAACAUCUUGCGCAGUCUUGACUCGCCACAAGGCGAAGAAGCAGUCAAAGAUGAUCAUCGCGAUCACAUCGGACCGGUCCUAUCAACUGCGCAUCUGCAAAUCUCACAUGCCGACAUCUUAAUCAUCAAUAAGACCGACCUGAUCACGAACGACGAACUCAAAGCCGUCCAAGAUCGUGUCCGCUCAAUCAAUGCUUUGGCAAGAAUCGAAACCACCGACCAUUCCCAAGUCCCGCAACUUGAAGGUUUGAUCCUCGAUCUUCACGCAUACGACAACGUAUCUGCCGAAAACCUCGAAUUCGCAAGCAAAGGUCACAGUCAUCUGAAUCCAGCAAUAGCCACCAUAACCUUGCAUCUCCCCGUCCUGACCCCAUCUGGGCUUGAAAAGCUCGACGAAUGGCUGAGGACCACCCUAUGGGAGACACGGCUACCCGGUGCAGCAGAACUUUCGUCAGAAUGGGAGAUCCAUCGGAUCAAAGGACGCAUACCGCUGCGAGAAGGAGGUCUGAAAAUCUUGCAAGGUGUGAGGGAAAUAUUCGAGUUAAUCGAUGCUGUUGAAGACGGUUCUGCCGAUGGCGUCGAUGGCAAGAUUGUGAUUAUUGGACGGAAUAUUGGUUAUGAGCAAGCUAGGAAAGCUUUCCAGGAGAGUAUUUCGCAAGCAGUAGCUGGUGCGAGAUCUUAGGUUCAAGAGAUGUGCUGAGUUGAAACCGUGACCAACUUCACCAGUCAAUGCUGUACCUAUUUGCGAGGAAAGACAGAGAGACG